AUGGGUCUAUCAAAAAGAUUAGAUGAUAAAUAUCCACUUUUUCAGAAUCUUUCUAGAUCAUAUUUGGAGCAUUUUGAAUCAAAAGCUGCAUUAUUGAAUAGAAAGGUGGAUUUUUAUAAUUCUAUUACAUAUACUAUUAUUGAAGAUAAACAGGAUCCUAUUCGACUAAAAGUUCAUGUUGGUGAUAUUGUAGAAUUAUCUAAAGAAUCUGAAG